AUGUCGUACUUCCUCGCGGCCCUCGAGCUUCCGCGCGCCAAUAAUGCUGCCCACCCCCCACCAGCAAUUUCAUCGCUUGCAGCGAAGCGUCUCACGCCGACGAGCUCCUGCGGAUGUGCGACCCUAAAGCAGUACGACGAGGGCAACACGCCCACUAGCGAGCGGAAGCGGAAACAUCAGGAUACCGGAGCCGGCGCUACAGAACUUGCCGGUGGCGUGCCGGACGACCUUGGCGAAGGGAGGGGGACUGCACCCGACGGACUAGCGGAAAUUGCAAACAAUACCCUUCACGAAGACGACGGCGGUGCGCUAGACACGUUGAAGGUUGUUUCCGAUAUCUUCCGCACGAAAUUCCCUAGAAGAUCCCUCGGUCCCAGUUCCUGGCAUCUCCAGACGGAAAUCACACCUGAAGCGGAGUCCAAGGCCCUAUCCCGAAUGACCAAGAUCCCUCUCCCUCGGCUACUGCAAGAUCGUCUCGUCCACAUUCACUGGAAGAGUCUCGACGACGACCAGUAUGAGCUUCUUCGGCAACGCAUAAGCACACAAAUUACCCCGAAUAUGAAUGACCUGAUGUCGUUUUCCGGAGAACUGUGGGCUGGGAUCAUCGUCGGGGUGUACCGCAUGAGAUCAUGCUUCUGUGUCCGCACACUGCUCACUCGCUCGCGGACCUAGGGACGGAGACCAUCUUCCGUUGGUUUAAUCUCGCCGUAGGACAGGAGGAGUGCAUUGAUAUCCACGACAUGGUUGUCAAGAGAUAUAUGCAGUCCGUGUUGGAACUGGUCGACGAAGCCCGCCGUCUCGAAGUGUGGCGGUCUUUCACGGAUGCAGCAUUUGCGUUCCCGCAUGAGGCACGGAAAGCUUUGCAAGUCGCCGUCAGGAAGGCUGUAUUAGUUCACGCGCAAGUGACGAUGGAGUGGUUCAAUGGCACGCU